AUGGCGUUUGCAAAUAGGAUUAGCUGUUAUGUUUGCAAUAGACACUUUCAACUUCGACUCACUAUUCGUUUAGACGAGGACAAUAAUAUAGAUGUGCUUAACAUUGCUAAUUUUAGAAGACAAGCUGCCGGACAUCCUGCAGAACUUAGAAAUAUUGAAAAUGAUCCAAAUUGCCUAAGACUUAAUGUUUUAAUACCCCACUCAGUUCGUGGUGGUAUAAUUUGUAACGCACAAGUAAAUAUAAGAAAACUAUUGGCAGUAUGCAGAGCAAAUAUUUUUUUAGUCUCAAAUAUUUAUGUACCCGAAUAUCUGAAGAUUUGUGACAUUCAUCUAAAUCAUUCGGGUGCGUUGUUAAAUAAGUUUCAUCCUCUUAUAAACCUACCAGGUACAAUGGACAUAGCAGUUGAAAUUUUAAACAAACUAGAUGACGUUAAUAUUAUACAAGCACGCGUCGAAGCCCAAAAUCUGACUACCAGAAAUGGUCGGUGGCGAAGAUUGAACCACAUGCAUAUUCCUGAAUUUCCUCGCGUAGAGAUCAAUUUCCUAAAAGACUUGGUAGGUUCUUACCAUAUUUAUUUAAGUCCAUCAUAUAUUCAAGAUAAACUGCAAAGAGAGGAAAAUAAUGUUUUAGAAAUAGACGAGUUUAGAGAAGAGAAUAAUUUUUUACGUUUUAGAAUUUAUUCUAGGUUCAGAAACGCAACUAAAUAUAUGCUGUGGUUGGCAUACGAAGAAGAACUUAAUGAAAAUAUUGAUCCAAUUUUCUACUAUUAUUGUACAUGUCCAUGCGGUUCGAGAACUUUAAGUACUUGCGCACAUGUUGCAUCAGUGUUAUGGUUUCUUGGUUAUGCAAGGCACCAGAAUAAUAUAAGAUUUCCAACAACACGUUUACUAAAUAGCAUCGAUGAUGCAGCAGACCGAUUAUAUCCAGAAAAUAUCGAUCUCGGUCCCAUAGUAGAAGAAAAUUAA